AUGUGGAAGCCAAGCGCGUCAAUGACACGCUCCGCGUGCAUGGCGGCCACGAGCUCCGCCUCUUUCUCUGUUGGUGCGAGGCCCUCACCCCAGCGCUCGCCGUACUCGGACGGCAGCGGGAGGCGCAGCUUGGCGUGGAACAGCGGCUCCUCGUCGUCCACCGUCUGCACCGCGCGCACUUCCGCCACAAGCUGGCUGCUGGAACAAGCAGAAGCUGCAGCAGCAGACGUGGAUAAGGACAGGGGCGCCAUACGCUUCACGAAGUUGGCCACUUUCGCACGCGCAAAGGCGUCCACCGCCGUGAUGGUCUCCGCCGCAGCGUCUUUGCUCGUUCCGUUUUCCUCCGCAUCAGAGAAGCCAUCCAUGUCAUCCACGUCGUCGCUGUGGGGCAGCAGCACCUCCACCUGUAGCACCUCCGGGGCCUCGUUGAGUGGCUGCCGCAACGGCAUAGUCGCCGUGGUGUACGUGGCACGCCCUCGUAUACAAAGUGCGUGGAAGAGCACUUGGCGCAGCAGCCGGCCACGCGCGCCGAUCAGACACCGCCGCAUGAAGUUCCUGCAGCCUCACAGAUGA